UGCAUGUGCUUCAAUUCAAACAGAACUAUACAGAGCUGAAAAGAUGUCUGGACUUCAGUACAUCUGGGACUGCGUUCUAGGAUACGAGACCUUACUGAGGUCUCCAUUCUUCCCGGUUAUCUUCUCUCUUACAGUGUACUUAUGCUUCUGCCUACCCUUUGUGGUUCUGGACAUCCUAUCUCCCAAAGUGGCACUGAUACAGAGAUACAAGCUUCAGCAGAAAUCCAAUGUGACAUGGACUAUGAUGUGGAACUGCCUCGCACUGUCACUCUACAACCAUGCAAUGUACAUCUUCCCACUAAGCGUCUUACACUGGUACUGGAGACCAGUGAGCUACCUAGCGACUGCACCUGGGAUCUUUGAGGUUGUGAGGGAUCUCGCAGCCUGCCUACUUCUCUUUGACUUUCAGUACUUUGUUUGGCAUCUACUUCAUCACAGAGUGCCUUGGCUGUACCGCACUUUCCACAAGGUGCAUCACAAGAAUACGGCCACAUUUGCACUGACCACGGAGUACUCGGGGGCUUGGGAGACUUUGUCAUUGGGAUUCUUUGCUGCAGUAAAUCCAAUGUUACUUGGAGCUCAUCCAAUGACAGAGAUGCUCUUCCAUAUUCUGAACAUGUGGCUGUCAGUGGAGGAUCACUGUGGAUAUGACCUGCCUUGGGCUACACACCGACUGGUGCCCUUUGGACUGUAUGGAGGAGCACCGCAUCAUGAUGUUCACCAUCAGAAGUUCAAGUCCAACUUUGCACCCUACUUCACCCACUGGGACAAACUCUUUGGCACUUUGCAUUCUGAAUGAACUGAACACUUGGAACACACCAGAUGAACUGACUGCCUGGACCUUUUAAAAUAAAAGUAUAUUUAUAAUUUUCUCAUUCCAUGAAUGAAUACGCUACUAACUAAAAAACUCUUGAAAACUGAAGUUGCUAAGCUUUAUACUGUAUGCGUUUUGUUGAACGUCUGUAUUUAAGUGUGUUUAAAUAUAAUUUAAUUUAAAUUAUUUAAACCAUUACUUUGAUAUUUAUGAUGCUGUUUUUGUACCAAAUGUAUUAUGAAGAAUUGUGAAGAGCAAAGAUAACAAAACUAAAUAUUAAAACUGUGAAUUCAACACUUUAA